UCGGAGAUAUGAGCUUUUCAAAAAUAUGCGAGCACUGAAGCUAUAUUCUGGUAUGCCUGGUGCACUGUUAAGUGAUCAUGGAACCGUUAAUGACACUAGUCAAUGGCUCACUCCUCAACUAAUAGAGGCAGCCAACUGGCUCAAGAACAAUAACUGCUACCUGAAACCAUACUCCGCCUACUCUCAGCCUCCUCAAGCUCGCAACAAGAUCCAUUCCCAACUGCACAACAUGACUUGA